AUGCACCCGGCCGCGAUAUCGGCGACGGUCAACUCGUUCGCCGAUGAUGAAGUCGCCGUCGCCCGCUCUCACGAAGGCGUCGGUGGCUUUGAUGGCGCCGUGGACUUUGCGCAGCUGCCGGGCGAGCCAUUCGGGGGAUUGGCGGGUCGCCGCGGGAGGUUUCGAAGAAUGCGAGGCCCCUGUUUUUUUGUGUAA